CCAUCCCGGCUCUGGCACCGGGCUCUGUCUCCCAGCAGAAGGCGCAGCCAUGAAUCCGUUAUUCGGGCCCAACCUCUUCCUCCUACAGCAGGAGCAGCAGGGCCUGGCCGGGCCGCUGGGGGAACCCCUGGGGGGCGACCACUUCUCCGGGGGAGGGGACUUGCCCGCCGCGCCGCUCGCUCCCGCCGGCCCCGCGGCCUUCUCGCCGCCAGGCCCGGGCCCGGGCCCGGGCCCGGCGCCCCCCGCAGCCAUGGCGCUCCGCAACGACCUGGGCUCCAACAUCAACGUGCUCAAGACCCUGAACCUCCGCUUCCGCUGCUUCCUGGCCAAGGUGCACGAGCUGGAGCGCCGGAACCGGCUGCUGGAGAAGCAGCUGCAGCAGGCUCUGGAGGAGGGUAAGCAGGGCCGGAGGGGCCUGGCUCGCCGCGACCAGGCCGUGCAGACCGGCUUCGUCAGCCCCAUCCGGCCGCUGGGGCUACCCCUGAGCGCGCGGCCGGCCGCCGUCUGCUCCCCGGCGGCGCGGGUGCUGGGCUCGCCCGCGCGCUCGCCGGCCGGCCCCGCGGCGUCCCCCGCGGCGCCCGCCACCUCCGCCUCGGCCGCCUACUCCUCGUCUGCCCGCUUCAUGCCCGGCACCAUCUGGUCCUUCUCGCACGCCCGCCGGCUCGGCCCGGGACUGGAGCCCACGCUGGUGCAAGGGCCUGGCCUGUCGUGGGUGCACCCCGACGGGGUGGGCGUCCAGAUCGACACCAUCACCCCCGAGAUCCGAGCGCUCUACAACGUGCUGGCUAAAGUGAAGCGGGAGCGAGACGAGUACAAGCGGAGGUGGGAAGAAGAGUACACGGUGCGCAUGCAGCUGCAAGACCGAGUGACCGAGCUCCAGGAGGAAGCCCAGGAGGCUGACGCGUGCCAAGAGGAGCUGGCCAUGAAAGUGGAGCAGCUGAAAGCGGAGCUGGUGGUCUUCAAGGGGCUCAUGAGCAAUAACCUGUCGGAGCUGGACACCAAGAUCCAGGAGAAGGCCAUGAAGGUGGACAUGGACAUCUGCCGCCGCAUCGACAUCACCGCCAAGCUCUGUGACGUGGCUCAGCAGCGCAACUGCGAGGACAUGAUCCACAUGUUCCAGAGGCAGCUGUCUCUGCACUUGUCUCCCAUUAAGGUCCCAUCCAUGGGGGGGCGGAAGCGGGAGCGCAAGGCCGCUGUGGAGGAGGACCCCUCCCUGUCGGAGAGUGACGGGCCCCGCCAGCCCGCUGGGGACGAGGAGGAGAGCACGGCCCUCAGCAUCAACGAGGAGAUGCAGCGCAUGCUCAACCAGCUGAGGGAGUGUGAUUUUGAGGACGACUGUGACAGCCUGACUUGGGAGGAGACCGAGGAGACUCUGCUGCUCUGGGAGGAUUUCUCAGGCUAUGCCAUGGCAGCGGCAGAGGCCCAGGGAGAGCAGCAGGAAGACAGCUUGGAGAAGGUGAUCAAGGACACGGAGUCUCUGUUCAAAACCCGGGAGAAAGAAUACCAGGAAACCAUUGACCAGAUAGAGCUGGAGCUAGCCACGGCCAAGAACGACAUGAACCGACACCUGCACGAGUACAUGGAGAUGUGCAGCAUGAAGCGGGGCCUGGACGUGCAGAUGGAGACCUGCCGCCGGCUCAUCACGCAGUCGGGGGACCGAAAGUCUCCUGCUUUCACUGCGGUCCCGCUUAGCGACCCGCCGCCACCGCCAAGCGAGACUGAGGACUCGGAUCGCGACGUCUCAUCCGACAGCUCCAUGAGAUAGGGGCCGCCCUCCCUCUCGGCACUCCUGCAGCCCACCGAGGCAGAGGGUGGGGGCGCACAGAGGGAUGUGUCCCUGGCCCCUGGGGACGGAGUGAUCCUGCCUGGGCCUUCCCGGGCUACUGGACUGUUUGGAGCAAGGCUGGGCCCGGCCCUCCCCAGCCAACCCCUCCCCCCACGGUUGGGCCCACUGCCCUCCCACGUGGGUGUCUGCUACUCGCCCAUCGCUGAUCUGCUGGAGCAAGCACAGCCCCUUCCUGUGUCCGCUGUGUGAGGCAUGUGAACGUGGGCCCUGGCCUCCACGCCUGGGGUUCCAGCCAGCUCGCUCUGGCCCGGGCACUGGUAUGAAGUGGAUUCAGCUUGGGGUUCCAUCACGGCGUGGGCCACACCUAGGCCUGCCUUGGUGCUCUGGCCCGUUCCGGCCCGCGUUGUCAGCUGUGGGUGUCGGCCCCUCCCCUCGUGUUGGCGCCGAGCACUAAAGGGACGCCCUCCCUGCCAUGCGGGGGACUGGGUACAGCAGCAUCCAGGAGGCAGUGAAGCUUCUCCCAGGCACGGCUUCCGGCUGUGCACGUGUGUGCGUGAGCGCUCAGGGUCUCCGCCCAGGAUGAGCCGCCUCCGGGGGGCGUGGCCUACCCCAAGACUGACAGGCUGACUUUCCUGGAGACAGUACAGAGGACUCACUCAGUGCAGGUGGCUGUGCGGAGCUGAAUGGAGUCGUUAAUAAUAAUGAAGCUGGCAGUAUUUAUUGA